GGCCGUUUCACAAAAUUUGAACACGGAUCUUCGAUCUAAUUGGCCAAAAAUGAGAGUUAGACACGUAUCUGAUGUUACACUCAAUCAACCGGUAAAGAAACUAGGUUGUAACGGUUCCACCAUAAUAUCACGAAAAUCAGAUUCCCUUGUCGCUUUAUUAAGUGCAAUAUUCAAAGUCCGCAAUGAUUAG